AAAGGAAAAGGAAAACACAAGCUGUGAGAUAUCUAGGUGAUUAAUUGUCUGAUUUUAUACGAACACGUUUCGCAGAAUUCUCCCCAUUUCUUGUUCGAAUUUUGGCAAAGGUGGGUUUUGUGCUUAACAUGUGAUAUGUUAGUGAAGUGAUUAGAAGAAAGGGAAUAGCAAGAAUUGUCAUCAUUGUACGUUUCUCGAUCUUAAAAUCAAAUCGUGAAGUGAAGCGCACUUCCUGAUAUGUGGAUAUCUAGAACCAGCUGCCAACAGUCAGAAUCCAAAGGGUUUGUUCAGGAAACAGAUGCCCGCUAAAUGGGUUGGAAUGAGUGGAAAUAUCUUUUGGUUCACAACUCAUUCUUGGAGUCGUCUACGCUAACUUGUACAGAGUACUUCGAUUACGUUCACUACACAUACGUAAACGUCGAAAUAUACGAAUACAUUCAAAAUGUCUUUUUCUUUCGAACUUUGAGAAAUCCAGGAAAACCAAAAUUUGGGCCCUAUUUCGGUUUCCGACACACUAAACUUUAUUUGAAGCUUCCAUCUUGAAGGAGGCCUAAUAUUUUGUAAAUUGUUUUCGGUGCGAACUAAAACUCUCUUUUGGUAGAUAUUGAACUCAGUAAAUGUUAAGUUGCCCAACCUUUUGAGAUAUUUUGAUGUCUGCACAAUAUUUACACGUAUCCGUACGUGUUAUUCCGAGAAUGAGCCUUUGGCGAUUAUAUAUAAUUGCGAAACAGAUGGCAGGCUUGUGAAAAUUUUAGUGUCACAGUCUCAAGGUAACGCGCAAGUAAGUUGUGUGCAACUGUCGUGUUUUAAGAGAACAAUUUACUUGCUUUUUGUGAGUAGGUUGAAGGAAAUCCCGUCUAUUUUAAGCCUUGACUGUCUUUUCUCUUGAAUGGUUUUUAGAGACCUAGAUUUAAACAUUUUUGGAACCAUUCUAUUUUAGUUGUCAGUUGAUUGUCUUGGGAGCUGUGUUGAAAGCUUAGGAAAUUGACUACACCUUUAUUCCAUUACCAUUAGGAUUUCUUUCACGAAAGUCUAAAUUCAGCAGUGUAGAUGAGACAGUAGUGUCAGUAUUAUCUUUAAAUCCCUUGUCAAGAGUGCUUUUACAUCUUGUGUUCUACAUGUGACAUUCAGGAUUAAUUUGCUGAAUAAAUAGCCUUCAUGUGCAAUAAGUCAGUCAGUUGUAAAUUAUGUCCCAUUUUUUUCCUUUUUAAUUCUUCACUAAGUAAAGUUUGUCUCGUACAAUGAGGGAAUUUUAAACCAGGUGAUGUGUUUGAUUAUUAUUUAAUUGAAAUGUACUGGAAAAAAGUAAAUUAGUUUGUUUUCAAAGUUUUCUGUUAUUCAAUUUAAAUCCAGACCAUGUGUGAGUAUAAAUUUUCAGAUAUGGAAAAGCAAAUUUAAGUGUAGAAACUCAAUUGAAUUUUUCUCAUUUUAUGCCAGUCUUUCAGGAAAUAAUUCUCUCUUUCAAAUUCUCAAGUUGCAAUUUGAUUUAAAUGUAUUUGUAAUGGACUAAAUGAAAGGAAGAGCUACAGAAGUAAAUAGUAGCUGCCAUGAGUUACAGCAUACAAAAAAUCAGCAAUGUCCUGACAUUUCUCUUCACUAGAUCUUUGUGUUUGUGGGAGAGAUCAAUAUUACAUUGUGUUUUGAUCUUCAAUAUCAGCUUUGUGGCAUGUCACAAAGUAGGGGGUUUGAUUCCUUUUGGGAUAGUUUAAUUUAAAGAAAGGGGGUAAGUUUCUAAAGAAUUUGUGGUGCCAUGUCUGUGGGGGGAAUACCAAGAUAAUUUUGUUUUAUCAACUGAGUUGAUAAUGUAAAUUGGCCACCAUAAGGAGUUUUUGAAGCUGAUGUUUUGAGGUUCUAGCCCUUGAUUAGAGAAAAUCAAGAGGCUGCUAAGAGAUGCAUUUAUAAGACUGCAUUUUGUAGGAGAAUCUCGUGGUCAAAAAACACCUUAAGAAAUACAUUUUAAGAAAACUGUGUUUUUUAGAAUAUUUGCUAAGCAACUCACUAAUCAAUUUGGACUAAUUUUUUUGAGAGCAGAAGUGCAAAUCAGUGUUUAGUGUGUAUUACAGUUGUAGCAUGCUCUUGUUUUGAAAAAUAUCUUUAAAAAAUUAAGGCAUGACUGCACAUUUAGAUUUCUUUAUGCAGAAUACCUAGUUGGCAAGUGAUGCUGUGAUUCUCUUCAGUGAAUAGAAAUUUACGUCAACCAAAGUAAAGUGAUUUAUUUAUUGAUAAUCAACCUUGAGUAAGCUUGGUAACAUGCAUGUGUGUAUAUCUAUCUAUCUAUCUAUAUAUAUAUAUAUAUUUUUUUUUUAUUUAAAUCCUAAAUCAAUAAAAAUGCAAAGUUUCUUAAAAGAGUACUUCCAAUCUUUUCCAGUGAUUAGUUACAUGUAAAUGUGGCUGAGGAUUAGGUAUGGUGGAGGAGAUGAAGGUCCAAUAUCUCUUUCUUUUGGAAAGUAUUUACAUAUACUAAAUUCCCCUUAUUUGUACAUGUAGAUACAAAUGUGUAACUUCUUUUAUGAACCCUUUUUUUUUUCAGAAAGCAAUGGCAACAGGGGCUUUAGAACUUUCCCAUAUUAAGAGAGAAAAUGUUACAGCCAAGAAUCCAGAUUUUCAAAGGCUGCAUUCAGAAGAAAGUGCUGCUAUUAGAAGACCACCUGGUAUUAAGAAAUCUAUUUCAUGGGGAAACCGAUCUGAUUACACCCGGUCAUUGUCUCCGCAAGGUAAGUCAUAUGCUGUAUAAUGACUUGCAACAUCUUGAUUGAAGCAGGGAAAAUUUUAUUAAAUCCAGUUUGCCAUUUUGGAUUUGGACACAUAUAAGUUACUGAAGAAGAUCUUCACAGGAGGACAAAAGUCACAUCAUUGGAAGAUUUUAGGUUUGGAUAAAGUUGAUACCUUAAAUAGUAAAAUUUGCUUUUCUUUCAGCCUUAACUGUAGCUGUGUUUCUAGUGGAGAAGUCAGGCCGUCUGUUGAACCUGGAGGAGGGAAGAAACACUGAGGCAGGGACAAUUAAUACCAUCAUGUCAGAAAAUCUUUCUCUUCCCCCUAUUGCCUCUCAGGUGUUUUGUGUGUGGCUUAUAUCUCCUCUUUUACGUAAGUAAAUCAUUACUCUGUCCAUUUAGUAUAAUUAGGUGAUAGGAUUAGGUGAUAUGAUUAGGUGAUAAUGAUGAGGUUUGGAUGCAGGCAUGCUCUCUCCUGAAUUUUUAUCUUCUGGCUCCCUCUAUUAUGGACCAAACAAAUGCUUUUCAAGAAGAGUAAAUUUGCAGAGUUAUCAUCUUCACUUUGGCUAGAGGAAUUCACAUUUGGAGAAGAGCACUGGUUUUUGCGAAGGGUUUUUUCUACUCUGUUACUGACUCAAGCCUAGAAUCAAUCAAGCCCUGGAAUUUCAAAUAACAAUGAGGUUGAUUAUACAUUGUCUAAAUUGAAUGUGUUAUCCAUUGACGCGAAUCACUAUUUCACGGCUGAUGUCUCUGUGCAUGGGGCUAUCUCAAGGCACCACAAGAUCAAGUGGCACAAAAGUCCUUGUAUUUAUUACCCAAACACUGUUGCAACUUUCAAUGUGGAACUAAUUGGUGAUCUAACAUUCAAGCUCAAUCCCAGCCCAUCAGUGGAUGGAAAAAUUCCAGUUAUUAUCUUUGCGUGAACUCACUGCAGUUGUACAACAAGGCCUUCCAUUGUUUCAUGUAAUGCCUAUGGUAUAACUCUUGGAUCAAAUACAAAGGGUAUAAAUGUACAAAACCUCUCUUAUGUCAAAUGCAUGGAAGAGUUCAAAACACACUGGUGGCGUUGUUCUGAUUGAUUUCUACCUAUUGAAUACCAGAUCUACCAAUAACAAAGUACUGAGUAUUAAGGACUAUGUUGGCAAUAGUGAUCUUGAUAUACUUGCAAUGACUGAGAUAUAGCUUGGAGGAAAGGCUCAUGAGCUGGUGGAGUUGGUCUUCUUAUGAAAAAGCACAUUCAAGUUAAAAACCAAUCUCAAUAUAAGUUCGAGUUGUUUGAGGACAUUGAUAUUUCCAAAUGCUCUGGUGGAUGUAUGAGGAUAGUUACUAUCUGUAGGCCCCCACCAUCUAACGCAAACCGACUGAGCAGUGCUUUAUUCUUUGAAGAGUUUUCAACUCUGGCUGAACAGCUCACCAUUGCCCCUGGUAACCUAUUGAUUGUUAGUGAUUUUAAUUUUCGCAUAGAUAACCCUGGGAACACUGCUGCAAUAAAAUUCACCAGCAUUUUGGAAUUAUUCAACCUUAAAUGACAUGUCUGAGGCCACACUCAAAAGAAGGGGCACAUCCUUGACUUAUUGAUAACAAGGGCUGAUGAUUAUCUAGUUACUAGUAUUGAAGUUAGAGACCCUAUGCUAUCUGACCAUCUAGCAGUUCAUUGUAAGCUUGGCCUACAGAAAACACCUCCUGUACAAGCUUCUAUCCAGUGUAAAAAAUAUGCUCUAUUGAUAUGGAUAGUUUCAACGAUGACCUCAAAAAGUCUACACUCCUGUCAUAUGACCAUGAUGAGUUACCAUCUCUAUUAGAUGAAUAAGAAAACACCUUACAAAAUAUAUUGGACAAACAUGCACCAAUGGAACAACACAUAAUCACACUUUGCCCUUCAGCAUCCUGGUACACAGAUGAAAUCCGUGAAGAGAAGAAGAAACACAGAAGACUAGAGGGAUGCUGGCAAUCAUCUUGGUUGUGUAUUAACUGGCAAAUUUAUGCUGAACAGUGCAAGCUUGUCAACAAUAUGCUUAAAUGUGCAAAAUCCUCCUACUAUUCCUCCAUCAUCUUCAAUAAUACAUCCAAUCAGAAGAUACUUUUCAAUGCAGUUGACAAGCUAUUACACUGGAGACCUGAGAAACGUUACCCCACAGCAUCCUCGACUGUGAAGCUGGCUAACAAUUUUGCUGAAUUCUUCCAUAAUAAGAUAGUCACUAUCUAAGACAUGUUAUCUAGUGAGUCAUCAUUACCCAAUAAUCAAAUCUGUCUGGUAGAAAAUCAGUCAUCAUGCAAGCUUGCAGUCUUCCAAAGAGUGUCUGUAAAGGUAGCUGAGCAUCUCCUUGAGGUGACAGGCCUUAAGUCUUGUGAUCUUGACCCAGUACCAGCAUGUAUCUUGAAAGGCUGUAAGUCGACUCUCUUACUGACGCUGACUAGCAUCGUCAAUCUGUCAUUCCAGUCUGCGUGUAUACCUGGAAUAGCAUACAAACACCUACACAGCACUGAGACAGCUUUAGUGAAAGUACAGAACGAUAUCCUUUGUGCAAUUGAUGAUAACAAGGGUGCUGCACUCCUUCUGUGGGACAUGUACAGAGCAUUUGACACUGUUGGUUACAAACUUCCCUUGGAUAGAAUGUGCAAUCACUUUGGUUUGAGAGGACAGGUCUUGAAAUGGUUUGAAUCCUACCUUUACAACAGAAAAAACAGUUUGUGAUGAUUGAUGGUGUAAAAUCUGAUGUCAAAGACCUUCAAUUUGGUGUUCCACAGGGAUUGGUCCUUGGGCCAAUCCUGUACUCAUUGUACAUUUCCCCUUGGGCAAUAUUGUGAGACAUCAUGUUCUCAAGUUUCACCUGUACGCCAACAACACCCAACUUUACUUUGCUUUUAGGCCCACUACAGCCAAGCAACAGUCAUCUUUAGCAGGUAUAGAAGCAUGUGUGAGUCAGUUGAUUCCUGGUUGGUCUAAAACAAACUGAAGCUAAACACUGGAAAAACCAAGCCACAUAUGUUGAGUGCCAGCCAUCACCCAUGCCCGCCCAUCAAGGCCAUCCAACUAUGGCUUCCUGUGCCAUAUCAAAUACAGAUAAUUCUGUUUAACCUUUAAAGCCUUGCAUAGGUUAGCACCAUCCUAUUUAACAGAAAUGUUGCAACCCUAAAAACCAUCAAGAAGCUUAAGAUCUUCUAAGGGCCUCUUUACAUGGAGGUGGGGGACCCCAGGUGGGUGAGGUAACCCACCUAUCCAUGGUCGAAAAAUAAAACAUGUUAACAUAUAAUCUUACAACCCCGGGGUGCUGGGGUGAGGUUUCUUGAGGUUGUUAUUGCACUUGCAAUUAAGGAGUUUGAGCAGAGGCGUCCCAAAUUCACAUCUCAAGAAAGACUAAAGAUUAAUUCUUGGACACAUAUGAAUUAAUUCAUGAAAGUGUCAUGCGUGUUAUGCAGUGUUGGGUUGCACGAGGAACCAUUGACACAAUACAUUAUACAGAAUAGUUUGGGAAAAGAAAUAUGGUCAAUUUACAAUGCUAAAUAUUCCGAAUUGUGAACAUUUUACACUACUUGUGUGUCUGUUGCAGUUUCUGGUGAUUUCUACCAUCAGAUAGUUAGGAAAUGUACAAAGUUUUAAAACAUAGAUGUUUCAUUUUUGAGCUUUUUGCCAUGAACGUGACCUCAGCUAGGUAGGUUACCCCACCUUGAGACAUUCACAUGGCAAAUUGUCACCCCGGCUGACAGGGUUACCCUACCUGGCAGACCGGGCAACCUGCCUGGGUGGGUCACCCCACCUUUCAUGUAAACAUGAUCAAGAUAAAAUAAAAAAUUAUUUGGACAGGCAGCUUACCCCACCUAGGCGGGUUACCUCACCUAGGCGGGUUACCUCACCUAUCUGGGGUCCCCCACCUCCAUGUAUACAGGCUCUAAGAGGCUCUUGACAAUACCAUCAGCAAAACUGAAGGAAUAUGGCUGUACAUCAUUCUCAUUUGCAGCACCUACAAUUUGGAACUCACUGCCAGACCCAUUUGUAAUCAUGAUGAUAUUUCAAAAUUUGAAACUUCUGUAAAAAACUUUCUUAUUCAAAGAACACUUUUAUUAAAGUUCUGUUAGAAAUAUUGCAAUAAGAAUUUUAAUUUUUACUUUUACUUUUAACCUCAAUUUUUAGAUACAAAUUUCUUACUAGUACUUUUAUAUAUUUUUGUUUUAUUAUGGAUGUAAUUUUUAAUCUACAAAAUUUUUGGUCUUGAAUAUUCAGUUAUGGUGCUUUAGAAAUCAUUAUUAUUAUUAUUAUUAGUAGUAGUAGUGGUGGUGGUGGUAUUAUACUUUGUAACAAUUCUUCCCUUUGUGAUAACUAGAGAGAUGCAGGGUAUGAAUCAAGAAAUUUGUCUUGUUUUACCUGGCUGGUAAACAUUAAGAUGACAGUGAAACACAUACAGUAUGUGACAUUUCCUCAGCUGUUAAAGAGCCUAUCAUCUAUUUUGGAAAUAUUUUUGGAGAGCUUAAACUUUUUCGUCUUGUAAUUAAUUUUUAUUACACUAGUGCUAGGAAUGGUGGUAAACAUUAUGACUUCAACACAGACAAAGUGUGUAAUUCAUUAAGAAUUCCAGUUUAAUUGACACAUGCGCAAUGAGGCGCUAGAAUUGCUGAGAGAUACUGGACACCACUUAGUAUCCUAGCAACCGAUUGCUCAAGUUUGCAGAUCAAUAGCCUUUGGCUUUGUAAUUUAGAUUCUGAGUGAUUUUUUUAAUCUUUCAAAGAAAGAAAUAAAUAAAACAUAGAGUUAGAAUUAGAAGAAAUGAAACUGCUAUAACAAUUAUCUGAGAGUAAUCUUGAGCAUAGUUACCUUUUGCAAAUAAUUUAUUAGCAAUGUUCUAUUCCCAACAAAGAAAAAAAUUAUUUAUUUUAUAUGUGCUGUACUAUUAUUUUACUACUGAGCAGGUCCAUGUGCAUAGCUACAUGUUUAAUGUAUGUCCCUUUUAUGAAGUUCAUGGCAUAAUACUGUAUGAUUAUGAGUGACAAAUUCUGUGGAAAUGUUUUUUGCUUCUUACAAUUCUUAGCAUGGAUGUGUUAUACUCAAACUUAAAAUUUUCAAUUCCUAGAGCUUCAGUUAAAAUCUCAUCACAGGCCAUUCCGGCUACGUCAGGUAUGGCCAGAAUUACUCAGGAAGUUUACAAACACGCCUGAUGAAGUUUGCGAGAAAGGUACAAAUAUACAUUAUUAUCAUUGUUUUUAUUAUUAUUAUUACAAUUGAAAUAAUUUUCUCAGGUCUAAGUUUCUGGGUUUUUACAAUGCAAUUAUUUGUAUUUUUUCUUCAGAUGAACCAAUCCUGUGUUAUCAGAGGAGUUCUUUUUUUCCUCUAGCAGAGGAACGGAGAGUAAGUGUCACAGAGACUGUUAAUGAAGCAUUUGAAAAUGAUACGCAGCUUAAGCUUGGACUUAAAAUGGGGUUCACCAUGCUACUAAUCCUUUUAUAUUGUGCAUUUAGAUUUUGCAUGUUUGCUUCUAUAAAGUUUCUACCAGGGCAUGUUGUUCUUACUAAUUUAAAAGUUCUUUUUGGCUAUCUUUUAAUUGUAUCAGGUGAAAAAAUUGAAUUUAUGGAUUUAUGAACAAGAAGUAUACAUAGCAGUUACAAGUAAUUGAUAUGAUGAUUUACAGUUUACAUUCAGUGGAGCUUUAUUUUGAAAGUUUCUUUUUGUUACAGAUUAAAGAUGAUAGAGUUGUUAGAAGGUUAUUUGAAGAGGUGAUUAAGAUAUUCAUUCUUUUUUAUUUUCAUAAUUCACAUGUCUAUUACAGUUUUCAGUCACAUAUCAAAGUGCAUUGUGAAUAAAGUACAUGUUUACAUCUUUUACAUACACAAGGGAUGUGUGUAAUUUAUUUAGGUGCCAAACAAAAAAAGCCCACGUAACUUUGUUGUUGUACUGUUGUGGAGGACCUGUUUUGAUUUAGUGCAUGCACAGAAUCAAGGUGAAACCCACAUACUAUUGUUCUUACUGUCUAUUCAAUCAUUCUCUUUGGUUUUAAUUUAGGCCAAACACAAUGUUCUUUGUGGCAAUUAUCCUAUCAGCUCCAAAGAUGCUCUCACAUUGGGAGGAAUUCUUGCUUAUAUAGACAAUGGCAAAUAUGAUAAAGAAGAACAUGCUCCUGGCUGUUUCAAGUAAGAUUUAUCUAGAUCAUUCUCACUAAUCACAUGUGCAGACAUGUGUACUCAAAAUGAUUCAUUUAGCAUCCACUCCACAUGUAGUCCUCAUCAAAAUUUCUUGAAACACUCUACUCCCUUCUCAAUGUCCAAUUUCUUCUUUUGGUGUGAUUUUUGCAUCACCAACAUAAUGUGUAGAGAGAAGGAGGACAUCUGUCAAGAAAAAUUGGUAACAUUUUGUUUGAAGAUUUGACUUGAUGUGGCUAUUACAAUGCUUUUGUAGAAAAGUGACCAUUUGGCUUGUACUGUGUAAAUGUAUGAGAUUGAGGCUGGCUAUUAAACUUUCCUACAUUUAGUUACUUUUUGAGUCCUGACUGUUUUUACCUUGAGAAAUUUAGUUAAAAGGUUCAAUAAUCUUUGAUCGUAACAAACAAUUGUGAUGAGGGUUACAGUAUAUGUAUGUAUGUAUGUAUGACUGAAGACUGAAAAUUUUAGUUUUAUGAACUGUUAAGUUCACUACAAUUUAUCAUUACUAAAUGUAAACAUAGGUUUCUACUUUAUGGUGGUCUUAAACAUAUUUUCUGUUGCAGGAACAAGCUGACAGAUUAUUUACCAGCAUGGGUUUGUAAAUCCAAUUGGCCAUUCCUUGGUCGAUCACCAAAUUCUGCUAUUGAACACAAACUCCUGCAGGAAUAUGAAAAUGUCUCUCAGCAAGUUAGUGAUGUCAAAGCUUGCCAUAAAAUGUUCUUGGAGUACUGCUGGAAUUUUUCAUUUUAUGGGUAUGUUUUGUUGUGUCAUUAGUUAUAAUUCAGAGUUGGCAAAUUAUCAGGGUUGCCUUAAUUGUUAAGUAGUGACAGAAAUAAUAGGUCAGUUGUCAUAAAAAGACAAAGAAAAGAAAACCUGGAUGGAAAUUUUUUUUUGUGAGUUUUACUCAACCUCUUAAGACCUGCACAAUCACAGAAAAAGAGGCAAAUUUUGGGAAAGAAAACAACAGAGCAUUAAAAAUAUUUCAUGCAAUGAUUUGUAUCACUUAACAUCAGAGCACAAAGACUGUGUGAGAAAAUAAUUUUACAGCAUACUACAUGAUAGACAUACACCAGUUCCCAAAUUUACAACCUGAGCUACAAAUUUAGUGGCCAAAAUAUUUUACAUAUUCAAUUUGGCAACAGAAACAGUCUCAACUUGGACUGCCAACUUUAAAUCUGCCCUUCAUCUGGUAAAUUAUUUUCUGCACUGAAACUUUUUUUUAAUGUUAAUUGGUCAAUGUAUAUAAUUGAUUCUUUCAGGAGUGUUUUUUUCCGGGGCCAAAUCGAGCGACCCACAUCCUCUCUGCUGUCAAACAUUCUAGGGAAUUCUGACCUACCUGUUAGAGUUGCCAUCAACAGGGAAGGUGUCCAUGUGAUUGAUGACAAUAAAAAUGUAAGUAUGUAAUUACUAAUAACUAAUUACAGUGAACUGUCUUUAAUUUUCUGUAGCAAGAUAUUUGUUUAGCUUUUAUUUUUAAGCACUGAAUAUUUUUUGUGUUCAUUAUUGUCAGUUAUGCUGUAGGCAGAAUUAUGAUCUUAUUUUAAAAUUUUCAUCCAUUUACAGCCUAUUCCACAAUUUAGAUAACUAUUUAUAAAUUUAAAUAAAUCAAACAAAAGCAGACCAAAGCAACUGUUGCCACCAUCCACACUGCUCCUUUAACAACUUGAUAUGUAGAGGUUACUAGAAGUGUGUAUUUUUCAUGAGAUUUCAACAAUUGACAGCUUCCUGUGUAUUUCACAGGAUAUACUUCUGAGCUUAGCAUUUGAGGAAUUAUCUUGGGACUACACACCUGCCCCUGCACAUGAGCCUGGGUGUUUGGAUACCUUUUGGUUGGAGUUUGAUGCCCCUGAUAGAAGCAGUGAUCCAGAAGAAGCAGUGCAAAGGUUACAGAUUUUCUCCAAACAGGUGCUGAUGGACAGCAUUUUCAAUUGAACUGAAAACAUGAAACUCUUUACAUUUAGAACUGUAAUUUUCCUUGUGAAGGACUGAUUAAGAUGUACUGGAAGAUCCACAUCUUCAUGGGGUAGACUAAGAAAAAAAUUUUAUUUCUGGAGGGGAAAAUGUGCUGGUAGGAAAUGGGUGUUGCAUUGGAACAUGGCUUGCAAGACUGACCAGUUUGUGUCGAUAGUCUUAUUAACAGUAGUCUAAGAUUUUAAUUUUUUUUCAUGAUUUAAUUCAUAGGCUGAAAUGAUGGAUGCCAUGGUAGAGUCAUGUGUUCUUUGUGAUGAAUCUGGGUAAGCCACAUACAAUUUGAUAACAAAUAAGUUAUAAAUAAUGUAGAAAUUUAGUGAGGGCUCAUCCACAGACUGGUUCUUUGUAGACUCAGUCAGAGUGAAAUAGUGAUUUAGACAGUUCCUGCUUUUACAUCUUAAACUUUGUGAGAUGUUACACAUGUGUUGUGACCCAUUAACCAAUUGUUUUCAGUCAAAGGACUAUUUUUGAUCUGUCUUAGAAAGAGCUUAGUUGUUCAACUUCUUACAGUAUUGUUAACCAACACAAUCAUUGUUUUCUUUUUUUUUCAAUUUGCAGACCACAUGGAACACUGGGUGAGUUAUGUUUAAGAAUAUUUUGAAGUUAUAUGUUGUACAUGUAUCAACUUUAAAAUCUUAAAGGAAAUGCCAUUGGGAGGAAGUAAAAGCAUCUGCAUUGAACUGUACUGGGCUGGUUUUGGGAAUAUUUGUGCUGUUAAAAAGGAUUUUGUCAAUGGUGCCCCCUGCUUUUAACUAGUGCUCCUGUUAACCAUGAAAAAUACUAUCCAUUUUUUUUACAGUUUAAAUCAUAUGUGGAGAAAAAAAAACCAGAACAAUGAUUUAUGUAUUUUAUGACGAGUUAAGGAGUCACUGGAAAGGCUAAGAGGAGUUUCAUGUCUGCUGGGUCAUCAAUGGCACUUAGUUAAUCAUUGACUGAUGAUCCAUCUGAUGAUUACACUUGAUCAAUUUAAACUGUUUUCUGAUCACUCAACAGGUAAAGUGAGAUGUAGAGUGGACCGUCUCAGUCUCUCAACUCUUGAAGGUUUGUGUGUCUGUUUUCUUUUUGCUUCUUAAAUUCAGCAUAUUUAUGACAGCAGUGAGAAGUGUUAUUGUAGUAUGUGUGGUUUGGAUGAUACAUAUAAAACCCAAAUAUGUGUUGGACAAAGUCCUGGAGCAGGGUGAAUCAUCUACAAUGUCACUCAUCCCUGGUUUUUGUUUCACACAUUGUACAGAGAAUGGGAAGGAGGCUGUAUAUGAACUCCACCUGAAUAUGAUGCUGGUCCAUCCCUCUCAUUCCCCUCUCCCAGAAUUUGUCAGAAACUCUUUGACAACUCUCUGCUACCCUUGAAUCUUUAAGGGUGGAGAGAAGUACUGUGAGAUUGAAGUAUCUUGUCUGCAAUGACUAGGCCAGAGUUUGUACUUAGCAUGUUAAUCACCACGCUAUUAUUUUUCCAAUUCUGGUCAGCAAAUGUGAAAAAACAAUGAUGAGCCUGAAAUCUGGGUAGUUGAAGUGAAUUCCUGCACCUGGAAGUUGCUUAUGAAUGUUUUUUGUAAAUUACUGUAGGAACCUUGGACAGAAAGAAGGGGUCAAACAGGUCUUUCACUAUGUCCAAUCCUUUCAGGAAAAGGCAUUCAACAGGUCAUUAAGCAGACUGAGUGUAAAUCUUAUUCAUGAUUAUCAUCCCUUCAGUUGAUAAAAUAAAUGUUGUGGAGGCUUUCUUCAAGACCAAAGGAUGUAAGGAGAUAAAAGUUUUGUGAAGAAGUCUACAAUUAUAUUAAGUUUGAGUAAAAUGUGUAAAUAGUUUCUACUGUACGAAUGCUAUAAGACCUAGAUCCAAUGUUUUACUGUCUCGCUAUGGUGACCAUAAGAUUUAGUUACUGGAUGUAUAAAGUAUGAGCUAGAUAACCCUCAAUAUGAACACAGAUCAUCCGCACUCUUGUUUUGAGAAGUUGAUCUUGCAUCUAAAUAUCGUCAGCUCAAGGUGCAACUAUUUUGUUUUGCCUUACUCAUCAGUUGCCGCUAACAUUUGCGACUCGUAUGGGAAGACAGCGGUUUCUGUUAUUCAAGGCCGACUUUUAGCGACUCUCACUUUCGAUCAAUUUUGCCAUGUUCACUCGGCAGAUUUCUCAUAAUGUAUGUCCAUGAUAAUUUUUGUGAGACUGACAUUGAUUUGAAACUCCUGGCAAUUGGAAGUUAAAUGAAUAAAGAGAGUAAGUUUCUAAAGAAACUGUGGUGCUGCGUCGGAGGGAGAGUAUAACAGAAUAAUGUAGUAUCAUGAACCGAGUUGAAAACGUAAAUUAGUUUAAAAGCUGACGUUCCUAGCGAUAGCCCUUCGUCAGAGCGAUUAACAAAGGGCUAACGCUCAAAAAGUCAGGUUUUAAACUCUUUAUGGUGGCCAAUUUACAGUUGGAAGUCAACGUGUUUUAGCUCUUAGAUAACAGUUGUCCUGUCCAUCUUUACUAAAAAUUUGUAGGAGGAAGCGCUUUAAUCCAGGUAGUUAAGGUCGCUUGUACGUUAGGUCCGCUUGAAAUACUCAAGAACCAAGAAGCGUUUUCAGUUAGUCUUGUAACUUUGUUUUACUAUACAGAUUACUAGUGAAUGAGAUGUGCAUGUAGUGUCCUUAAAGCCUAUUUAAGAGAUCUUUUUUUAAAUCAAACGUCGAUAAAGGUUUAAAAUUGGUUGUAGCGUAGUGAAGUUAGUUUAAGAAACGUUUUAAACUAAGGUAAAGACCAAAACAAAGUGGUGAAAAGUAAAGACAAAAAAUACAGUAAUGUGGAAAACUUGCCUAUGACAGGAAAUGAUUUAGCAUGCCACUUCGAAUAAUUUUUGUAGCUUACUGCCUAAAGAGGCGUAACCUACUACGCUGUCCUUCUGAGUGAGUGAGUGUAACAAUAUAAUCCUAGCCCACAACGAACUCUGCCGAUUUUUAUCCGAUAUUCCCCGAUCUUAACUCCUUUUGUAUCUACGGACUUCUGUGACGUCGUAGAUACUAUGCUAUCCAGAGUGCAAGUCCUUCAGUAUGUCCAUAUCAAUACAAACCUGCGGAUAAUGCUCGGAAUUCAGUUCGGUCUCCGAUAUCGUUCUUUUGUAUCUACGGAAUUUUGAGAUGUCGUAGAUACUAUGCUAUCCAGAGUGUAAGUCCUUCAGUAUGCCCAUAACAAUAGAAACCUGCGGAUAAUGCUCGGAAUUCAGUUCGCU